CCCAGAGAGUCAUACAAACACACAUUUACAUGUUCACAUAAACAGUCAUACAGUCAUAUAGUUAUGCAGACACAUACUCAUUUAUACAGACACAUAGUCAUACAGGCACACCUACACAUAUUCAUACAGACACACAUGCACACACUUAUACAGGCAGUCAUAUUAUACACAGACAGUCAUACACACACUCAUGCAGACACAAUAAUACACAUGCUAACACAGACAGUCAUAAAGACACAUCUACACACUAAUACAGACACACACACACAUUCAUACAGACACAGUGUAAGCGCGGCUGGUUCCUUUAUUUACCACUAUAACGUCUUAAAGCAUAGAACAUAGCAGGGCUAAUCAUACAGAUAUCUGAGCCAUAAUUUUAUAUAGUUAGUAAGAGAUCAUCUAUUUAACAUGUAUAAAAUAAGGAUUGUCUUGGAAACAAUAAAGUUUUGUCUUUUUCGAUAUUUAUUUUAUAAAAAUAUAAAUAUAGACAUAUAAAAUCCAUUACAAUAAUUUAUAGCAGAGUUUAUAAGAUUACACUAAAUGCUUGCAAAUAUCAAUAGUAGAUUAACAUACCCUCCUGAAAAUGUCAUUAUGUCAGCCUCUCUGUCAUUUUAAGAUGGAGCGUUUAUCUCCAACUCUCUCCUCUGUCUGUCCCUUAACAUUUAAAAGUACACCUAUUUAUACCUUAGGUGCAGGGGCGUUUUAGCCACGAAGCAAACAAGGCAUUUGCCUUGGGCGGCAUUUUCCAGGGGGCGGCAAAAAAAACCGCCCCCCAAAUGCCUUUUUAGCCUGGUGGCUAACUAACAUGCUGGGCGGGCGGCUGGCGAGGGAGCACUUCCUCUGAGCAGUCUGCUCAGCUCCCUCGAGCGCCGCAGAGUGAGGCUGGGAGCCGGGUUGAUGACGUCAUAUUCCGGCUCCCAGCCUCACUCUGAGGCGUGCGAGGGAGCUGAGCAGAGUGCUCAGGUGAAGUGCUCCCUCGCCAGCUGCCGGCCAGCCCGCCUGCCCAGCAGCCACUGGACCCCCAGGGAGAUAGAGAACCCUUUACCCCCAGCACUCCCAAAGGUAAGGAGGGGGUGUUAAAAAAAAAAAGUGUUAAUGUGAGUGAGUGUGUGUGUAUGUCUGUUAGUGUGUGUGAGUGUGUCUGUUAGUGUGUGUGUCUGUUAGUCUGUGUGUCUGUUAGUGUGUGUGUCUGUUAGUGAGUGUGUCUGUUAGCGAGUGUGUCUGUUAGUGAGUGUGUGUCUGACUGUUAGUGUGAGUCUGUUAGUGAGUGUGUGCUUGCCUGUGAAUGUGUGUGUUUCAGUGAGUGUGUGUGUCUGUGAGUGAAUGAAUGUGUUUGUUUGUGUGUGUGUCUGACUGUGUGUGUAUGUUUGCCUAUGAGUGUGUCAGUGAGUGUGUCUGCUAGUGUGUGUCUGCUAGUGAGUGUGUGUCAGUGAGUGUGUGUUUCUGUUAGCUAGUGUAUGCGUAUCUGUCAGUGAAUGUGUGUGUGUAUUUAAAAGACGGGGCGGGGGGAAGGGAUGGGUGGCGGUCGCACGCGGGUGGGGGAGGGGUGGGAUUGGGGGGCGCCUGAGUUUUGUCCUGCCUACGGCAGCACAAAACCAGGAUACACCACUGCCUAGGUGUCUUCAUUUUAGGGUGACAGUAGUUCAUAUAUGAAAAAGUAACUUCUUUUACUUUUAUUCAUUUUAGGACCUCCCUUAACUUGGCAAAAAUACAAGGCCAUAUCUAAAGGCUGUACACGUCAUGGAAAUUUUACUGACUUAGGUCAAAAUGGCAUCUUAAAGUCUGAACAUCUUUAUCUACUUAGUGUUACCACAGUAUAUUAUGUACUGAAAGAGUCGUAGCAUAGCCUUGAAGCAUGUAUAUGCAUUAUUGUAAUUCGUCUGGGACAAAAUGGCGUAAACAUAAUAUGCACUGAAAGUAAGAAAGAGGUUAUUGCUUAAAGAAACAUGUAUGAAAAACAAUACGUUCCAUUUCUAAAACCUUGUCAGUUUGCAAUAUCUCUUAAAGACAAAGUACACAGUUUGAGGAAUACAAUAUUUGCAUUUGCCAAAGUCAUACAGACACACACACUCAUACAGACAAGCAGUCAUACAGACACUCAUUAAGGCACACAGCGGCAGAAGUGCACUUCACCAAGGCCUGCACGCUGAGCACUUAGGGCCACCCAAUGGGUAUUUUUGGACAGGGGCCCAGACUGGCAUUGCAGCCAUCUAACAGUGUGACUGGGCCACUGUAAUAUCGGCAGUGCUGGGAGCAAGUAAGAAGCUGUCACUUCCUCACAGAUACACACAAAGCCCAUGCAAACACAGAGAGGAAAGAGAGAGUAGCUCCAGCCCCACACUACCAACAGCCUCAAACAGCAGCUUGGCCCACGAGAAGCCACCCUCCUGCACACAAAAGGGUAUGGUAACAGGAGGGUGGCUAAGAAUUAAGAUAUGCAUGUGACUGUAUCUAUGUGCGUAUCAGUGCGUAUAUCUAUGUGUCAGUGUGUGUAUGUGUAUUUAUGUGUGUAUAUGUCUGUGUGUGUAUCUGAGUACGUAUGUGUCAGUUUGUAUCCGAGUGUGUGUGUAUUUUUCAAUGUGUAUAUCUGUAUGAGCGUGUCAAUGUGUAUUUGUAAGUAUGUAUGUGGCAGUGGGUGCAUACUCCCUUGCAAUCAUACUCAGAUAUGAAGUACAUUCAAAUCUCUGCAGUCAAAUGCCAAGAUUGUGUAAAAACAUACCCCUUUAUUCAAAUACCAAUAUUACAUACAAAAGUACACCUACAUUUAAAAACCAACACUAAAUACAAAUACAUCACUGCAAUCAAACAUUACAUAGCAGUAUACCACUGCAUUCCAGGGGCAACGGUUCAAACAAAUACAAAUACACCCCUACAUGCACACACACUCCAUACAAAAACCUGCUUACAGUCGAAAAACAAGCUCACAAAUGCAACUCUACAAAGAUGGGCAAAUGGUAGAUCCCCAGCUGGCAUAAUAUCGUGGGAGUUGAAUGACAGAUAACCAUCUACCUAUUGUCUUUGGUUGUAGCAGGUGUAAAGUAUGCCAAAUUACAAACUCUAAAAGACGCCAUAUCAUACAAUAUGUAGUUAAUGGUCACAGUUACAGUAUGAAAGAGAGUAUUACUUGUCACUCUAGUGGUGUUGUGUAAAUGCUCAUAUGCCCGUGCGGCCUUAACUAUAUUGGGUGCACCACCAGACCCUUACGCACGAGAAUAGCGGAGCAUGGAUAUAACAUCAAACGUAAAUUUGAGCAGCAUCAGGGUUAUGCAAAAGAGUGGUACGAGUUUCAUGUUUGUGUUAAGCAUGCAACUGGGCAAAGUUGAGGUCUCCUAGGAAGAGCCGGGUAUACCACAGAUUUGGAGGAAGUCUCACUUCUCCCAGAGAUGUCAAAGAGGAGGCCUUUCGGAGCAAAUUAAUUAGCAGCAGUGUCAAGAAUUCUAAAGUCUGAAAAGUCUCUUGCAGGAGAUUACACAAAAUAGCAUGGCCAGUUAAGAAACAGAAAGUUGCUUAAGAGAUAAUGAAGCAUCUGGCCAAGUUUUGAAAAAAUUGAGGACCAGAGAAAUAUUCCACAGAACUGAGAAUUGUGCAAGGGAGAACAAGCAAAUUGAGCUCUGCAGAAAUGUCUAAAAGAGCUAAGAGCUGUCCGGCCACCAGGAAAACUAAACCCCAACUCCAAGUUUGGGCAGUUAGGGGGAGAGGCAUGUUGGGGAUAAAAUCAGCCCGGGCCCUUUGUGGAUGAUGGAUAUUUGCCAACUCAUACAGAGCCCUGGAAAUUGGAAAUGAAUAGCAGAGACAUGUUCAAUAACCAAUUCAAUUUGUAUUCAUACGUCAUUUAUAUUUAUACCCCAUUUUCAUAGCAGGAUGGGAGGGGGAAAAAUGAGCAUAUGGGCGUGACAAUGACAUUGUUUUUCACAAGUUAUAAACAGCUGUUUUUAGUUAUAAUUCAAUGUUACAUAAUGUAUGCAUAUUGGAUAAAACCCAGAUGAUUACAAAUACCGAAAUCUUGGACAAUUAACAAGGUCAUUCCAGAAUCCUUAUCAUGUCAUGUCAUGUCAUGUCAUGUAAAUAUCCUUUUCCAGGAACAUAACAAAAUCAUGUUCCAAUAAAUAGAUAAGUUUUAUUUCCGAGAAUUGGAGAUACAAUUCCAAAUUUAUUCUUGGGUCAAAUUAACCCUUAUAUGAACAGCUAGGAUAUUGAGCAUAAUGGAUAUUCGCAUCUACAAUUCCCCUCUUAGAUCAUAUCAUGAUCUACCUUACGGAAUAUCCAUGGGAGGCCUGCGGCAGAGAAACCAAAGGAGGUAUAUUCACGUCUGCGGGACUUUCAUUAUUUCUUCACCUCGAUUUCUCCCAUUUGCUCUGUGCCGUAGGUUUUCCCUUUAAGAGGAGAUCGAGCUGUCGAUUUUCAGCUUUUGUAAUCAUCUGUUAUACACAUCUUUUAAGUGUACAAGUUAAAAAUUUCAAACAGCUGACAUCUUAACCAAUUUUAAACAUACUGCACAUCAUGUUAUCUGUAACUUGAGCCUUGGAUCAAAACAGGCAAAGUGUAUUAUUCCCAAAAACGGGAAUAAUAUUAUUAUAAUUCACAACGUAAACACAUAUAAUCAAAAAUGGGAAUAAAAUCUAUUUCCCCUCUUUGGACCAGGGUCUUGGAUUACCAGUCCACCCAGUGAACUUGGGCCAGGUCAAAAAACCUAGUGGCAAAAACUCAUAAUUGAGGAAAAAAGCACAUCUGGGGAAACUCUAAGUGAGGGCCAUGACUGUGUAGACAUGUCAUCCCCUCAUGUUAACAGCAUUAGUGACUUAUAAAACCUGCACUAUGUAAGUAAAUAGCUCAGGUAUCGGGAUUGGGAAACACUUCUUGAUUAGUUUGAAAAGGCCCACUUACAUAUUAAAUCAUAAGAUCAUUUCUAAUCAGUUUGCAAUUCUAGCAAUAAUCCCAAUCAUGACCUUGCGUCCUAUGCCUCCUAAUCAAAUCCCUAUUUCGAUGGUCCAGUCAUAUCCACACUUAAUACAUUGGAAUCCAUCCUUGGUACAUUCAACAUACAUCAAUGACACACAUAGUACAUCCAUGCCUGAGUAAGCUAACACUUCCUCUCUCUCCGGCUAACUCUACAAAAAUAAAAAUAACAAAAUAGUUCAAUAGUCCAGCAUAGUCCAGAAAAAUAUUAUAAGUUUUUCAAGGAGUAUAAAGAAUCUUAGACACCAUAAACUUUGUUCCAUAAUCUUAGACACCAUAACAUAGCUAAGGGUAGCAAUAUGGCUGACAACAAGACAAUGUCAGCUUCCACAUAGUUCUUAAGUCUUCUGUUUGCUGGAUGUUCACCACAAUACUCUGUGCAACACCCCAAUUGUUGAAAGGGUAAUACAGAAAUAGCGGCAUUAGACAGCACUGCAUCUUCAGGACUUUCCAAGUUAGUUUAUGUCCUCAUAAGUAAGCAUCUCAGUUUCUUCGGCCAGCAUGGAUUUUGACCAAACAGAUUUAAUUGCAAAAAAGGUAGGUCAGCCAGAGAGAUUGGUGUGUAGUCCCAAAUAUCAGGCGGCACAAAUACUCCAGUACGGUCUCUAUAAUCAUACAAACACAAGGAUCAGUACGACAUCAAUAAAUUAAUUAUCUAGGCUAAACUCAAAUUAGAGACUAAAGUUAAACUCUUAACUAGUGUAACAUGUACAUCUCUCAGUUUUGCUUAUAAUUCAUUGAAUUUGUCCUUUAUAAAAUUUGAAUACAUAAUUUCCCUUUAGAAUGCCUUGUAUGGAUGAGAGAAGCACUCAUUCUAUAUAAAUGCUUGUUGAGUACUAAAACACUAACGUAUACAUUUUGGUAUAAUUCCCAAUAAAAUGCUGUUCUUGUGGAGAACAGGGUCAGUUUUGUGGACCCUGAUAACAUCUUUGGAAACCGAAACCUUUUAUAGAUCCCAAUGUGUGUGAUCAUGUUUUAAUACAUGUUGGAACCUCCAUACAGUUAUCCCACUUAAACAAUAUAUUUAUUUUUUCAGAACAACUAGGAAUGAAAUAGGAGAAACAAAAUAAAUUACUAUUGUUCUAAAGUGCUUUGUUUAAUACAGGUUUCGGAAGAGUUGUCUUGCUGUGUUGCAAGUGGCCUCUGAUAAGGAAGGGACAGCAAACUGUAGACAUAUGUUAUAUUAAGUUGCCCUCACUUGUCAGGUCUUGGAAACCCACUUAUUUUAUUGCAGAUGCCUCUAUUAUACCACGUUACAAAUUGACUAAGCAUACUUAUUAUUAUUUUAGUUAUUUCACAUUGCGCAGCCUAUGCAAAUAAUGUCUAGGUCCCAACUUCAGCUUGUACAUCCUCUAAGAGCCAGCAUUAAUACUGUUUUAUCUAUAAAAACUAUAUAUAAAGUAUUAAAAACAUGAACCGGGGCGUGGCUAGGCGCCGGACGAGAAUGGCCGCCUAAUCUCCUCGCUCCGCUCCCGACCGCCCCAUAAGCACAUCUAAACAGCGCAAUCUGGCACCCAUGGGACGCACCAAGCGAGCCCAAAUGACCCCCUCCACGCCAAGAACUCAGGGGAACAACCCGCACCCCUCGAUCAGAAGCUACCUGAACACCCCAGGCGAUCUUCUCACACAGGAGGAACUAUCCAAUAUGGCGCCCUCCUCACCGAGCUCCACACUAUCGGAAGAAGUCCCCAACACUGGAACGAACGGAACUGCCGCGCCAGCACCAGACUGGUAUGCCCUUUAUGCAUCCCUACCUAAGAAGGAGGACUUCCACUCCCUCCUGGAAGAGGUUAAAACCACGCUGCACACAGAAAUAUCAGCUCUGGGCUCCUCCAUUACAGCACUAGAGACCAGAGUGCAGGCCCUGGAAUCCCGACGCCCCGACCUGCCCUGCCCGGCGCUCGCAGCCACGACAGCACAGGCUAAACAGAUCCAGGACCUACGCUUACACAUUGAAGACCUGGAUAAUCGCAGCCGCAGACACAAUAUACGGGUAAGAGGAUGCAGGGAAACAGACCCCCCAGAAGACACGAGGGCCAUUUUGACACCACUCUUUAACCGUAUCCUGAACCGGCCAAGAGACGCCCGCAUCCCCAUAGACAGAGCACACAGGGCCCUGAGGCCUAAGCCCCCGCCAGGUGCCCCUCCUAGAGACAUAAUUUGCCACAUCCCAGACUUCCAACUUAAGGAAGAAAUUAUGAGGAAAGCCCGGACGGAGAGGUCCUGGAGGCAUGAGGGGCAGACGGUCGAACUAUAUAACGACCUCUCCCACCUCACCCUACAGGCCCGAAGAGCGCUGCGGCCCCUUACCACCGCCAUGCAGGAGGCCCAAAUACGCUACCGCUGGCAAUUCCCAUUUUCCCUAACAGCCCGGCGAGAUGACACCGAAGCCACGAUAAGAUCACCACAAGACGUACAAGCCUUCCAAGAAGCCCUUGGCCUCCCACAAAUGCCCAUCGCAGACUGGACAAAUUGCCCGAUGAAUGAGCGCUUCACAGGGUGACCAACCCGCCGCCACAUCCAGCAGGGACCAAACGCUGAAUUUACCUCUCUACAGCAAGCGAGCCCAGAGGAAUAAACCUACCCCGUUUGCCUGAGAAAUCGCUGAAGACUCUACGCUGACAUUUUUUCUGGGAUCACAGGGCACCCCCCCUCUUUUUUUUUUCCUCUCUUCUUCCCCUCCUCUCUCCUCACUCCAUCAAGGAACGACGAAACAUGACCGGAAGAAACAAAGCUAUGGACAACUACACCAGCCGUCCAACAGGCCCAGGACACUCGUACAAAAUAAAUGUGGCCACCAGCAAACAUCUACACCACACUCGCCACUCCUCGCACAAGGAACCUGUCAGCGGACUAAGCUCACCCCUACACGACCAGAGAACAUGAGCCCCCGUCGAGAAGGACCCAACACUGCACAAGUACCCCCACGGGCAACUGAUAAGUGGCCUAACACUGCCACACAAUGGACUCCCUCCAGAAGAAGAGAGAACUCAAAAGCGCAAGUACUAUGCCAGGGGUCACAACGCCCCAAGACUAUACACCAACCACACGCUUUACAUAAAAUACUACUAACGGUGACGCAAAAACAACCCCACCACAUGGGGCACUCUCCCACUUACAUUAGCACGCCACACAGCCACACACCAUACAAAGGCAACAUACUGAAGCAGGGACACUCGUGAUAUGCUGAAGAACACCUGUAACACUAGUGUUCCUGCUCUGCUGUUCCCACACCACAGAUAGACAGCAUACACGGCAUACAGGCAUUUCCACUCAUGAGUACAACCACCACGACACAGACACUAAUACACAGGCACUGGAGGCGGCAGAGCCCGCAAUGCUAAAUACAGACUAUUCCAAGUCAAAGCUACUCGAAGUCAAAGCUACUCAUCUGUGUUCCUCUAUGUAAUCUGUGGGUAUUGAAAUGUAAACGCAAACGCGACGGACAGACACCACGUCACGUACCUGCACAUCACAUGCAGGAGACAAGACAGCGACACGGACGAUAGGGACACUUGUAUUGUACCGACCGAUGACUGCAAGGCUAACUCAGGACUAGGCCUAUAACAGUUAGGUGCCCUCCCAACUACCGGAACACAAAACGUACCUAUCACAUAACACAUGGAAUAUCAGCUAUCAGAGAAGACUGACCACGAUUUGGGGAGUCACUUUGCAGACGGUAACAUCUCUAGCUCCUGACAUACGACAGCCGACUGCUCACACGAAAGACAGAUAAGCAAUCCCGAACUGAUUAUCCAUGAUGAUCCCUACCGAUUAAGUCUUACUGAACGACCACACCAGCUACCACCUUAUGGUGACAAUAGACGAGGCCUGACACACAAUGACUCUCACAUGACUAUACGGAAAGCCGAAUCUCCCCUUGGAAGAGACAGCUAGAAUACGAACUAAGACGAGUCUGAGCUGACAUACGGGCCCUCCCCGCCCCACCCUCCUCCCCCUGACUUGACCGAAUACUGUAAGACCCCGAGUGACCCACAGAACGCAAUCUCAGGACGACUAACACGGGAUGACCCCCACCUCAUCAGGGCAUACUCAAACUGUACGAAUUAGUUGAAUUGAAUUGAAUUGCAUUGAAUUGUUUUUGAAUGUUACAAAUGUUCUCUUAUACAAUGUUGAUCACUGCGUGUUCAUAACCUGCAAGUUGCUCUCCCAUAGGCCUUAACUCACCCUCAUCAUCCGUAUCACACGGUAAGAACCAUACAAGGACCACCACUAAAACCCGCUCGCAUGCACCUUAGAUUAAACACACGACCUACCCUCAGAUGGAUGCCACACCGUCCUACACCGUAACACUCUGGGGCGGCGGAGGCCGGAUGAGAACUGGACUUGACACCAACCGGCGACACAGUCACAGACGGGUGACCUACCCCCUCACCGGCGCCACCAACCCCACGGGUACACUGCCUACGACCUGCUAGGUAGCUACGGGAAGACACUCCCCUAGACCUCUACCUACCAGCGGCACAUUGCCCCUUACUACUAUUACCCCGACGAGCUACAAAAACCUAAACUAGCUGCCCCACUACACACACCCGACUACCUUACACCCCUUCU